AUGUCAACUACAAUAACUUCAUCAAGAGAAGAUUUAUUAUCUACUUCUCCAAAUACCACUACAACCACUAUAACACAUCCAUUAACUUAUACUAAUUUACUAUCAUCAACAACAUCAUCUUCAACAUCAUCUUCCUUACCUCGAGAUUCAUCAUCUACUAAUUCAUAUUUUACUCAAAAUCAUAAAUCAAAUUCUUCUACAAUAGAUUUGGGAGUACCCAUAAUAAUCAAUAGAACUGCAGCUACUCCAACCCCUCCUCCAGAACUUUCCACUACCUCAUCCACUACCACAACAAAACCAAAAAUAAAAAUUCCAAAUUAUUAUGUUGCUCCAAAACAUAUUCAACAUCAAGUUUCACAACCAACAACAACUACUUAUUUAAAUCCUCCUCCAUUAAUAAGAAUGAAAAGCGGUCAAUUAUUAAAACCAUCUUUAAAAAGAUGUAGUUCAAGUCCAAAUUUUGGUGGAAAUAUAAUCCCCUCAUCAUCUCCAAGAAAAAGUGUUAAAUUUGCAAGUAGAUUAUUUAAUAUUAAAACUUUUGAUGGUUGUGAUUCUCCAAGUACUGUCAAUUCAGCUUCUCCUUCAUCUCCAUUAGAUUUUACAGAUUCUUCAACUUCUGAUGAUGAUGAUGACGAAGAUAUUGAUUAUUUUACAACUACUACAAAAUCGAAUUUAAAAAAGACUGAAUAUAAAAUGUUAAAACAUAAUAUUAGAUUAAAUAAUAAUGAUGUUAUAUCAUUAGUUCAAUCUUAUAUCAUUAAAAUGGGUCAAAAAUAUUAUUUACAAGGUUUAUUAAAUGUUCAAAAUUUACAUUAUGAAAAACAUAUAAUUAUUAAAAUUUCUGUAGAUAAUUGGUGUAGUAGUAUUAUAUUAUCGGGUCCAAUAAUAAAUUAUCAUCGUCAAAUUAAUUCAUCAUUGGAUCAAUUUAAAUUUAAUAUUAAUUUGGAAAAUAUAAUAAAUUCAACAACAACAACAACAACAACAACAAAAACAACAACAACUUCAGAAUCAUCAAAUAUUACUGAUUUACAAUUAUGUUUUAAACUUGAAAUGGGUAAUCAAACUUAUUGGGCAAAUAAUUAUGGUCAAAAUUAUAAAUUUCAAAUAAAAUCAUUAACAAAAGAGUUUCAAUCACCAUCAACUAAUUCAUUUGAUUCAUAUGAUUUAUCAUUACGAUUAAAUAAACUUAAAUUAGAGUCAGAUUUCAUACUGCCAAAAACGAGUACAAGACCAAUUAUGACUAAAUCAUUUUCAGAUUUAAAUUUAUCAUCAUCAACUAAUUUAAAUACUCCAAAAUAUUCUCAUAGACAAAAGAAUAAAAAUAUUAAUUUAAAUCCAACUAUUUCAAGUUUAUCAUACGAAGAUUUAUUAAAGAAAUAUUGUUUUUCAAGUAAUGAAAUAAAGAAUAGUAAUAAUAAUACUACUACUACUACUACAAAAGAUUCAAAUGUUUUAGUCAGGAGUUGUUCUUCAUUACCUUCUACUGCAUCAACAUUAUAUUCAUUCACGGAUCAAGUUCACAUUUAA